AGAAAUGCUACUUGUUGGCGAACCAGUUAACUAUUAGCUAUCAAUCGUGCAAGUCAAACUUUUCUUCUUUGUUCUCUCCACCUUCCGCCAAGUACAACCCAGCUCCACCGUCCACCACCGCUCUUCUCAUUCCUAUAUUUCCCUUUUACCAUACAACCUACCUCUCUCGUUCAUCAUCUCAUCUCAAUAUCUUAAUCUUUUGAUCACAAUCUCUCCCAGCCAUGUUAAUGCUGGUCAACUGUUCCAACUGCCCCACCCCACUGCAGCUCCCUCCUGGAGCGCGAUCAAUCCGCUGCGUCCUCUGCCACGCCGUCACCCACGUAGCAGAUCCUUGCUCCGUGCCGCUGCUGCCGCCUUACUCCGCCUCCACCACCCACCAGUACCAGCCUUUACCUCUUCCGGCUCCUUCUCCGUACAGCCACGCGCCGUCAGGUCCAUCGCCUUCCCCCUAUGGCCCCAAGCGCGCCGUUAUAUGCGGCGUCUCGUAUAAGCAUUCCCGGCACGAGCUGAAAGGCUGCAUUAACGAUGCCAAGUGUAUGAAGUACUUGCUAAUUAAUCGAUUCAAGUUCCCCGAGUCCUCCAUCCUCAUGCUUACUGAAGAAGAAACUGAUACUUACAAGCGACCGACUAAGUACAACAUGAGACUGGCAAUGUAUUGGCUUGUACAAGGAUGUCAACCUGGAGAUUCAUUGGUAUUUCAUUAUUCCGGUCAUGGUUCACAACAGAGGAACUACGCUGGAGAUGAGGUAGAUGGAUAUGAUGAAACACUUUGUCCGUCAGAUUUUGAAAGUCAAGGGAUGAUUGUAGAUGAUGAAAUCAAUGCAACGAUUGUGAGGCCUCUUCCUCAUGGGGUUAAGCUUCAUGCCAUCAUAGAUGCUUGCCACAGUGGCACUGUCUUAGAUUUACCAUUUCUCUGCAAAAUGGACGGGCAUGGGGGGUAUGUUUGGGAAGAUCAUCGACCUCAAUCAGGUAUAUCAAAAGGAACAAGUGGUGGGGAGGUCAUUUCCUUCAGUGGCUGUGCUGAUGAUCAAACCUCUGUAGACACUUCGGCCUUAUCAAGGGUUACUUCAACUGGUGCAAUGACUUACUCUUUCAUCCAAGCUAUUGAACGUGGGCAUGGAGCUACCUAUGGGAGCAUGCUAACUGCAAUGCGGUCUACCAUUCGUAAUGCAGACAAUGCACUUGGUGGUAUUGUUACAUCUCUCCUGACAAUACUGGGAACAGGAGGGAUUCUUGGAGGACUGAGACAGGUAUGUUUGUCCUCCCUCCUUGUAAGGUUUACCUUUUCAUAAUGGUAAACUGAUAGUUUUCAUGUAGUUAGUGUAGGAUCUUGAUUUUGUUGGUGCUAGGAAUACAAUGACUAUCAUGGGAUUAGUUUUCAUGUAGUUUGACUACAAUCUUGAUGUGGCUGGUGGAAGGAAUAUGAAUCCACCAUCUGGAAUUGAGAACUAAGUGCUUCUAUCUAUUAGAAUCUAGAGAAGAAUGUGUCCUGGAUUCACCAAGUGGUAGUUAACAGAUCAAACCAUUUGUUUCUCUCUUCUUGCUAUUGUAUAGCUACUUUUAGUUGUAAUGUUUCUGUCUGCCGCUCAGUCCAAGAAACUUUGUUGCAGGAACCCCAGUUGACUGCCAACGAAGAAUUUGAUGUGUUCCAAAAACUUUUCUCACUAUAACUGGUAACAUUGUUAUUUUGUACCAUAACUUAAUUCUUUCGAGGAUGCCCGAUUUUGUACUGAUAUUGAGAAAAGCUAUAACAGCAUCCAAUACAUGUCUAUUAAACUACAAUUAUAAUGUUCUAAUAUUAUAUUUUUGAGGCAACUAUGAUUGUCUUCAAUAAAGUCUCACAUUGUUU